UCAUGUGCUGCACCUCCAAUGCCUUUAUGUAAGUUCUUAGAGGGAAGUAGGACAUUCAUUAUAAAUGCUUCUUUUAAAACACUGUUUUCAUAGAAAUUUCAAAAUGAAUUUUGUCAAUGAGGAAUCUCCAGUCUCAAAGAAAGAGUUUCCAAACAAAUCGCUGCUGUUGGCUGCUUGUGCUGCUUGUAUAGGAGGGACCUUCCAGUAUGGCUACAAUAUAUCCAUCAUCAAUGCGCCCACCAAGUCUGUGCAGAAUUUCAUCAACCAAACAUGGCUGGAGCGUUUUAAAAGUGACAUCCCAGAGCAAGCUCUCACUCUGCUGUGGUCCACUAUCGUAUCCAUAUUCACUUUGGGAGGGUUUAUUGGUGCUUCUGUUGGUGGAACAAUGGCUAUUAAGUGGGGGAGGAAAGGGGCACUGUUGAUUAAUAAUGUGUUUGCCAUAGUGGCUGCACUGCUGAUGGGUUUGAGUUACCCUACAGGAUUAUUUGAGUUGCUCAUAAUUGGACGCCUUUUCACAGGAAUAAAUGCAGGCAUCGGCAUCUGUGUUCAGCCUCUUUAUUUGGGGGAAAUAGCUCCGACAGCGCUUCGUGGUGCCAUGGCAAUGGGAACCUCUAUUUUCAUCACUGGUGGGAUCUUAACUGGACAAGUGAUUGGUCUCAACGAGCUCUUGGGUAAAGAAGAGUACUGGCCCCUUCUGCUCUCCACCACCUGUAUCCCAGCAGUCAUGCAGCUGCUGAGCCUGCCCUGGUUCCCAGAGAGCCCACGCUUCCUGCUGAUCGACAAGGGGGAUAAUGAAGGAUGUAAUAAUGCCCUGAAGCAGCUGCACGGUGAGGAGAGCUGUGACAGUGAGAGGGAGGAUAUGGAGAGGGAGAGGAUUAUUGCAGCAGGGGUGCAGGCCAAGAAACCCUGGGAACUGUUCUCUGACCGCAGUCUGUCCUGGCAGCUGCUCACCAUCCUCCUGCUCAACUCAGCACAGCAGCUCAAUGGCAUCAAUGCUAUUUAUUUCUAUGCCAAUUAUGUGUUUCAACAAUCUGGUAUUCCCGAUGACAAGAUACCAUAUGCAGCUGUUGGCACUGGUGCCUGUGAAUGCAUCACUGCUUUAACCUGUGGCAUGCUUAUUGAAAGUCUGGGGAGGAAAGUGCUCAUCAUAGGAGGGUACACCCUGAUGAGUAUCUGCUGCAUUUUAUUCACUUUGUCCCUCACUUUUCAGGAUAUCAGUCCUAUUGUGCCAUACUUAAGCAUGGCUUGUGUUUUUGCGUUCAUCCUGAGUUUUGGCUUAGGACCAGGUGGUGUGACCAACAUCUUGAACACAGAAUUAUUUACACAAACUGCGCGGCCGGCUGCCUACAUGAUUGCCGGCUCAGUGAACUGGUUCAGCUUCUUCUUCAUCGGCAUGCUCUUCCCUUUUAUUGUGACCGGGCUGCAGCAGUACUGUUUCCUGGUCUUCCUGGUGGUGUGCUGUUUGGUGGUAAUCUACAUAAUCCUUGUUGUUCCUGAAACCAAGAACAAAACUUUCCUUGAAAUCCACAACGAGUUCCAGUCCCGAGGCAAGAGGAAGGCCUCCAGCGCCGACGGCCCGAGAGCAACACUGCUGUCGACUCCACUAUGAAAUAUAACAUCUGUUAUAUUAACAUGUCUAAUGAUACAAAAACACAUUGCAUAUCUUGCAACAGAAAAAUUGGCGUGAGAAUAUGUAGUGCCGUCAUUUCUUUGGAUUAUUUAUAGUCACAGUAGAUCGCAAUGCUGCAUAAUAAUCAGUGAUAGUGUAAAUCACAGAGGCCGGCUUGAUGCUCAUAGAUAUAGUAGAUUUUCAUAAGUACACCUUUUGUAUUCUACAGUUCAGCAGUAUGCAACGCUUCAGAAAACCUUAACAUGAUGUAGGCUAAUAUUUUGAUAACUAUGUUAAUACACAUCUCUUGUAAAGGGCACUAUUUCAGGAAUUUUCAAUAAAGAUUAUUUUGUCAAAAACA